UUCUCUCUCUUUGUUUGUUUUUUUUUUCAUUUCACCAAACCAAACCAAACACUUCUUCAUCUUCUCUCUCACACUACUAACAACAAACACUUCCUUCUCCUUCCUUCUUCGACUAUGGAUAAGAAGCACGGCGGCUUGUUCUCCAAGUCCAAUUCCCGGCGAUCACGAUCCAAGAGUCCUGUCAGAAGCGUCUCUCCGAUCAUCAUCCGUCGUCGUAAAGGUCGUUACGUCACUCAGCCGGACCGCUACCACAUGUCUGAGAUGCUUGCUCCGGUUAUAGAAGGUCCUGAUCCAGACGGUGAAGACUCCGGAAGCAGUGGUGAUUACUCUAGGUUCGAGAGACGGUGGUACAAUUGGAUGAAAUGUCAGCUUCCUGUAGCUCCGCCGUCAGUUUCGUCGUCUUCCGACUUUAAACGAACGGAUCUGAGGCUUUUGCUUGGUGUUCUUGGCGCACCUUUAGGUCCUGUUCACGUUAGUGCUCUGGAUCUCCUUCCUCACCUCAGCAUCAAGAAUACACCUAUGGAAACAUCCUCUGCUCAGUACAUACUUCAGCAGUAUACGGCUGCAUCAGGUGGUCAGAAGGUUCAUAGUUAUGUGCAAAAUGGAUAUGUUAUGGGAAGAAUCAGGACGAUGGCCUCAGAGUUUGAGACAGGCUCAAAGGGUUCAAAGAGCAAGAAUAAUUCUUCAAAAGCUGUUGAGUCUGGAGGAUUUGUGUUGUGGCAUAUGAAUCCUGAUAUGUGGUACAUGGAGCUUGUUCUUGGUGGGAGCAAGGUCCUUGCAGGUUGUGAUGGGAAGCUUGUGUGGAGGCACACACCAUGGCUUGGACCUCAUGCUGCAAAAGGACCGGUUAGACCAUUACGACGUGCUCUUCAGGGACUUGACCCGAAAACCACAGCGUAUAUGUUUGCUAAUGCAAGGUGCAUAGGAGAAAAAAAGAUAGAUGGUGAAGACUGUUUCAUUCUCAAGCUAUGUGCAGACCCAGCGACACUCAAAGCUAGAAGUGAAGGGGCAUCAGAAACCAUAAGACAUACGUUGUUUGGUUACUUCAGCCAAAAGACAGGUCUUCUUGUUCACUUGGAAGACUCUCAGCUAACUCGUAUACAAAACAAUGGAGGCGAAGCAGUAUACUGGGAGACGACCAUCAAUUCAUACCUAGAAGACUACAAACAGGUAGAAGGCAUCAUGAUAGCUCACUCAGGUAGAUCUGUGGCUACGCUUUUACGGUUUGGAGAUAUGUCAUCGGGACAUAACACUAAGACGACAAUGCAAGAAGCAUGGGUCAUAGAUGAGAUUGCGUUCAAUGUCCCUGGCUUGUCUAUGGAUUGCUUCAUUCCACCUUCAGAACUCAGAUUUGAUUCCCACGUUGAAGAGUUAUCUCAAGGCCCCAGAAUUAAGACAUUGCAGGGCUCCCGCCAGAAAAAUGGGUGAUGUCGAAAGAAACCAGGAGAGAUCAAUGUGUAUAAUUCAUUCAAAAGAAACCCGUAGGUCGAUUAUUCUACUUUACUAUUGUUGAAGCUAAAAAUUCUUGUAGGAAGAUGUUUCGUUGGAAGAUGUAAAUAGACUGCAGGAGAAUCUCGUUCUUUUUGCCGCAUAAUGUUUUAGAGGAAUGUGUAUAAUCUCUAUUCAGAAGGCUAUUUUCAUCAUCAA